CUAGCUGUUUAGCGAGCUCGAGUUGUCCAGAGGCGAGUUUCUCAAAACAGGGCACUUGUUUUUAAACGUUGGCGUUAUUCUUUUUUCAUUCUACUUGUAGCGUGUCACCUGUCCCCAAUGGGGUUCAAUAAGACGUACAUCAGUAUCGGGUAUGCCUCUUUUGGCAUGCUUAUGGGAUUCUCAGCGUUUCUCGUGUGGAACAUCGCGUACAACCAACCAUGGACAGCUGCAAUGGGAGGAUUAUCAGGUGUGCUAGCGCUCUGGGCCCUCAUCACCCACAUCAUGUACCUGCAGGACUACUGGCGCACCUGGCUGAAGGGCCUCAAAUUCUUUCUCUUCAUCGGAGUCUUCUUCUCCCUGCUGGCCGUGGUGGCUUUCAUCACCUUCCUCUCCCUCGCCAUUACCAACAAGGAGUCCAUGACUGACCCGAGGAGCCUGUUUCUUUCGGGUGUGUGGAGCUUCAUGACCCUGAAGUGGUCCUUCCUGCUGGCCCUCUACUCCCACCGCUACCGCAAGGAGUUUGCCGACAUCAGCAUCCUCAGUGACUUUUGAUAAGGGCCCUUGAACCCCCCUGUGGAGGUCUAUGGAAGACUAACAAACAGGGUUCCUAACCUGAGGGUGCUAACUAGGGGAGAAGAGAGGGAGUGAAGAUUUGAGGGGUUGGUGAAGCCAAGUAGUCAUGAAAAGAGGACUAAUACAAUUUAAAUUGAGCAAUGGAAUGAGGGUUGAUCUGAAAGGUGUGGGGUAGCCGCAAAUCCACCAGAUCUCUUACACCAAUUGUUUGCUUAUGAAUCCAUGAGGGGGAGUGCACGAGGACACACUUCGGGGAGAAGGGUAGUGAAUCAGAACGCAACCUGUGUGUUGUCUGUGUUAAUUAGGGAAUUAGUACCCGGACCUCCGUCCAUGCCCGCACCUUCGCGUUUAGGUCACCCCCCUCUCUCUUUCUGUAUCUGUAAACAGGGUAUGCUUAUGCCUUUUAUGGAUUUUACUCAGUUCCUAUACGUAUGUAUGUGACACUCUCUGUGUUCCUCUUGUAUGUCCUCAAAAGUUGUUUUUAGAGUCAAUAUCUCCCUUUUUAUGAGAUUUGAAUCUUAUUUUUGAUGACUUUGUAGGUAAUCCUUGACAAUUAUGUACAUCACGUGUCAAACUCAUUCCACGGAGGGCCAAGUGUCUGCGGGAUUUCGCUCCUUCCUUGUACUUGAUUGAUGAAGUAAGGUCACUAAUUAGUAAAGAACUCCCCUCACCUGGUUGCCUCUGUUUUAAUUGAAAGGAAAACCCGCAGACACUAGACCCGCCGUGGAAUGCUUAUAUACCUAGGAACAAAUUCUUAACAAGAUAUACAAUUUUUCUCAUAUAAUUGAUGUAGUUACGAUAGAAUUCAAUUCUAUUCUCUUGCCACAAGGGGGAGUCAGUCGAUCAAAUGUGGCGGCUGUUGGUAAAACAUCCCACUCAUUUAGGAAAAUGGUUCAACUUUGCUCUGUUUUCUAUCUGCACACAUCAUAUAACACAUACAUAAUACACAAGAAAAGGACACGUGUCACAGGCUUGUUUGGGAAAUCCAAGAAGUCUGUUUUUAGGAUGACCGUGUUCUGAUCUGUGUUAUCCAUCUGUGUCCUUUGAGUCCAUAGGACCCUACUGUCACCUGGAGCCAGUGUAUGGGAUGAAGCGACUACAUUUAGAGUAUCAUGUCUCAACACUAUUUGGUAACACUAUGUAUUAUGAUACAGUUAUAAUGCUUUGAAAAUGUUGUCGUAAGACUUGUAUAAUGUCUUAUAGCAUUAUACCUGUCAGUGUUAGACACUAUUUCACAGCAUCCCCUCAAAUUGUUUUUAAAAGGAUGAAAUGAAGGAUACCAUCCCAGAAUGUUAAAACAACUGCUUUUACAACAGUUGCCAGUGAAAUCCAACUGUCUCUUUUUAGUGCUCGUCUUAUUUGAAUUGAGAAUGUUCAGACGAGGGAGUUAGUUUGUGGUGUUUGUAUUUUUGCCGUGCCAACGAUUUAGCUCACAAACAUGAGGACUGCUUCCGAAAUGGCACCCUACUCCCUAUAUAGUGCACUACUUUUGACCAGGGGCCUUAGUGCACUGUAUAGGGAAUAGGGUGCCAUUUCAGACACAACAAGGACCAAUUACAUUAAUGCUUCAUUAAUCAUAACCUUUUGUUUAUGUUGUUUGCCAGAUCCAAAACAUUAUUGAUCAUCAUACUGCUGCCUAUGGAGAUUAAUUUGUGUUCUUCCUUUUUCCUUUACGCCUGUUGUUUCUCUGUGUGCUACCACAUCUAUCAUAUUGUAAUAUAAUGAAACAUGACGUUGUGUAUAUCCACUUGUGUGUAUGUAGGAAUGUAUGUCUGUUGAACAGGUAUGUCUGUGUGAGAGCCAUAUUAAUAAAAUAUAAUUUUAUGACA